AGCCCCCGCUCGGCGCCGGGCGCCAUGCACUCCCUCGUCUUCCUCUGCGCCCGCCGCUUGGUGAGCUACUGCCCCGGCGCCCGCCGUGCCCUGGACCUCCUCCCCGCCGAACUCUACCCCGUCCUCUUCCGAGCCGCCUUCCUGGACGGGCGGACGCUGGCGCUGCGGGACCUGGUGGGGACGUGGCCCUUCCCCGUCCUCAGUUUCCAGCGGUUGUUGGGUCACCGCGGCCGUCACUCGCUCCUCGAGGAGAAACCCAGCAAAUUGUGCAUCCAGGCCAUCAUCCUGGCCGUCGUGGCACAUCUCCGCCGGGUGCUGGAGGAGACCUGUCGCGGCACAAGCGAGAGACGGUGCCGCCUGCGGGUGCUGGACAUGACGGGUCUCCAGGACGAUGACACCGACCGCGGCCCAGAGGGGAUGAGCCUGUGGUCCGGCACGGUGGCGUUGGCCAAAGCCUGCAUUGAGGUCUCCAAACACCAAAGCGAGUGCCUGAAACGCGGCUCCAAGCGGCGUAAAGGUCCCUCCGGCGCCUCGGCGGCCCUGCAACCCGUCGGCGUGGAGGUCCGCGCCGAUCUCUUCGUCAACGGCACGUCCUACGGCGUCCUGCGGGACGCCCUGCAGACUGGCGCCGCCGGCCCCCUGCGCCUCAAGUGCCGGGAUUUCCACGCCGAGGAGCUCUCCGUCGCCGGCACCGUGAGUUUGCUGGAGUCCCUUGAACCCGCCGGCGUGCGGCGGGUGGAUCUGCGCUUCAAUAACCUGGGGUUGGGCGGUCUCUGCGCGGUUUUGCCGCACCUCGCCAGAUUCACCGACCUCCUCAGCCUCAAGCUGCCCUACAGCAACGUCGACGUGCGGCGGCUCACGGCGGGGACGGAUGCCGGCCUCCGGUGCCUCGCCACGCAGCUGGGGAAGCUGCCCUGCCUCAAGGAGCUCAACUUGGGUUCUUCCAGGCUUUCGGGGAAACUGAGGCAACUUCUCAGCGACCUGCAGGCUCCCCUGGAAAGCCUGGAGCUGGCCUUCUGCUACCUCCUUCCCGGCGACCUCGCCUUCCUUUCCCAAAGCCUCCACGCUCCGGCGCUGAGGAAGUUGGACCUGAGCGGCCACGAUUUCUCCGAGAACCUUCUCCAACCCCUCCGGCAUCUCCUGGAGGAGACCUCGGCCUCUCUCCUCCACCUGGACCUCAUGGAGUGCCGGCUGACGGACGCUCGGCUGGAGGCUCUGCUCCCGGCGCUCUGCCGUUGCUCCCGCCUCCGUUGCCUGGGACUUUUCGGCAACCCCCUCUCCACGCCGGGACUCAAAACCUUGUUACGGAAAACCCUGGUUCUCCCGGAUUUACGCCUGGUCGUCUACCCGUACCCCGUGGACUGCUACAUCUGGGAGCCGCCCCGGCCGCCCUCCGCCUCCGACCACUUCUUCGAGGACGUGGUGGACGAGGAACGUUUCGCCGCGGUGAGCGCCGAGCUGUGCCGGAUGCUGGUGAGCUCCGGCAGAGCCGAUGCCGUCUGGACCGCCAGCCUCUGCCGGCACGGCGCCCUCGACUACUUCGCCUUGUAGCUCGGGCGAAGCUCGGAGCCCUCGUCCCGCCCCGCAGUGCCCGGCGAAGCACCGUGGCCUCACCGCCGUCCCCCGACCCCUCCUUCCUCCCCAAAUUUGGUGUUUCCCCCUUGUCCCGGUGCUUUUCGGGUACCUUCUCCC